AUGGCCCAGCCACAGACCGUCGCCCAGGCCGCCAAGGGCCUCGCCACCCUCUUCAAGGCGGGCAUGUCGACCGGCCACGAGCAGCUGCUCAUCAUCACCAAGACCAUCAUGCCCCUGAUCGCGAGCCCCCUCCUGCAGCAGAUGGGGCUCGGCGAGGGGACGACUCAGCCGUUCGCGCUGCUGGACGGGGCGUGCGGGAGCGGCGUGGUCACGCAGGAGGUGCAGAGGACGGUGCCGCGGGCGGUUCUGGAGGGGAGCUCGAUCGUCGCGAGCGACUCGUCGGAGGCGUUGGUUGACUUGGUGAGGACGAGGGUGGAGGCUGAGGGGUGGGUUAACACGGAGGUGAAGGUGCUGGAUGCAAUGGAUACGAAACUUGCGGAGAAUUCAUUUAGCCAUGUUGCGCUUGGGUUGGCUCUUCAUUUGAUACCUAAGCCGGAUGAUGUGCUCAAAGACUGCAGGCGCAUCUUAAAGCCGGGUGGCAUCUUCGGCGCAACGACAUUCAAUAAUAGCGUUGAGGAGAAGCGUUUCUGGCAGCCGGUUCUGCGCGCUGCGUUCAAGACGUUCCCGUUCGAGGCGCCCUUCCCCGACGAGAUACCGAUGCAGACGCACACCUCGGGCAAGUGGACGAGCAGGGACUGGGUGGAGGAGCAUCUCAGGUCACAGGAAGGGUUCGGCAAUGUGGAGGUGAGGCUGGUGCCCGGGACAUAUCACCUGCAGAGCGGGGACGAGUUCGUGACGGCGUUUGGGAUGAUGAUCUCGUGGGUGAUGAACUCAUGGUGGAGCGAGGAGCAGAGGGCUGCACGCCCGCUUGAGGAGGUCAAGGAGCUGGUGAAGAAGUAUCUGGAUGAGAAGUAUGGGGGCAAGGGGUGGGAUAUUAGUUGGGAGAAUCUGGUGAUGACGGCAACAGUUGAGUGA